GGAGGAGGCAGCGGCGGCGGCGGCGGUGAAGAAGAAGGAGGAGGUGGAGGAGGUGGUGGUGGUGUUGUUGGAGGCUCCGACGCCGCGAUGUCGUCUCGUGCCAAGGCGCAGGAGACGGUGCGAGUCGUGGUCCGCUGCCGACCGCUGAGCCGCCGCGAGGCGUCCGCGGGUUGCUGCGGCGCCGUGGACCUCGACGUGAAGCUGGGGCAGGUGACCGUGAGGAACCCGCGGGCCGGACCCUCGGAGCUGCCCAAGAGCUUCACCUUCGACGCCGUCUACGACUGGAACUCGAAGCAGGCCGACCUCUACGACGAGACCUUCCGCCCGCUGGUGGAGUCCGUGCUGAUGGGUUUCAACGGCACCAUCUUCGCCUACGGCCAGACGGGCACGGGCAAGACGUACACCAUGGAAGGUCCUGGCCGGGCCUGCGGCGACCCGGAGCGCCGUGGCGUGAUCCCCAGCUCCUUCGAGCAGAUCUUCACCCACAUCUCGCGCUCGCAGAACCAGCAGUACCUGGUGCGCGCCUCCUACCUGGAGAUCUAUCAGGAGGAGAUCAGGGACCUCCUCUGCAAGGAUCAGAGCCAGCGGCUGGAGCUCAAGGAGCGUCCCGACGUCGGCGUCUACGUGAAGGAGCUGUCGUCCUUCGUGACCAAGAGCGUCAAGGAGAUCGAGCACGUCAUGAACGUGGGGGGUCAGAAUCGCGCCGUGGGCGCCACCAACAUGAACGAGCGCAGUUCGCGCUCGCACGCCAUCUUCGUGGUGACGGUGGAGAGCAGCGAGCGCGGCGUGGACGGGCAAGCGCGCAUCCGAGCCGGGAAGCUCAACCUCGUGGACCUGGCGGGCAGCGAGCGGCAGGCCAAGACGGGAGCGCAGGGCGAGCGACUCAAGGAGGCCACCAAGAUCAACCUGUCCCUGUCGGCGCUCGGCAACGUCAUCUCGGCCCUGGUGGACGGCCGCAGUAGCCACGUCCCGUACCGCGACUCGAAGCUCACGCGCCUCCUGCAAGACUCCCUGGGAGGGAAUGCCAAGACCAUCAUGGUGGCCACGGUGGGUCCCGCCGACUGCAACUACGACGAGUCCCUGACGACGCUGCGCUACGCCAGCCGGGCAAAGAACAUCAAGAACAAGCCGCGCAUCAACGAGGACCCCAAGGACGCGUUGCUGCGCGAGUUCCAGGAGGAGAUCUCCAGGCUGAGGGCGCAGCUGGAGAAGCGCAGCCUCUGCAGGGAGCGGCGGAGGAGUCGGACAAGCAGGAGGAAGUCUCGCGCGGGCGGUGACGGCGAGAACAACGACAAAGAUGACGAUGGCGGCGACGACGACGACGAUGAUGAUGAGGUGGACGAUGACGGUUUCGCCGUGGACUCGGCGGGCGGAGAGAAGCGGGAUGAGGCGGAGGUGCGUAGCUGCGGCAAGAAGCAGGAGAAGCGAGAAGGAGCCACGGAGGAGGAGGAAGAGGAGGAGGAGGAGCUGCUCAUGGCCGAGAAGGACAAAGUGGUGUGGGAUCUGUCCAAGGAGCAGGACGCCAAGGACGCGCUCAUGUCCAAGAUCAAGGCCAUGGAGAGCAAGCUGCUCGUCGGAGGCAAGAAUAUCAUGGACCACACCAACGAGCAGCAGAAGAUGCUGGAGCAGCGGAGACAGGAGAUCGCAGAGCAGAAAUGGCGCGAGCGGGAGAUGCAGCAGCAGGUGGAGCGUCGCGACGAGGAAACGCUGGAGCUGAGGGACACGUUCACCUCGCUGCGCCAGGAGGUCGAGCUCAAGACCAAGAAACUCAAAAAGCUGUUUGCGAAGCUGCAGUCGGUGAAGGCGGAGACGCAGGACGUGCAGGAUGAGCACGUGAAGGAGCGGCAGGAGCUGGAGCAGACGCAGAAUGAGCUCACGCGCGAGCUCAAGCUCAAGUACCUGACCAUGGAGAACUUCAUUCCUCCGGAGGUCAGGAGCAGGUUGAUGGAGCGAGCGUACUUUGACGAGGAGGAGGAGCAGUGGAGGCUGCAGCCGAUCGUUCGCAACCCUGGAGCCCAGCAGCUGAAGAGGCCGGUGUCGGCCGUGGGGUACAAGCGACCCGUGAGCCAGACGGCCUGUGCCACCGUGCGCUGCUGGGGCAACCCACGCUUCCGGGCGGAGAACGUGAUGUUCGUCGAGCUGGAGCUGUCGUCGCGGACGACGCGGGAUUACGUCGCGCCCCGUGGACGUCGCUCCGCCCCCUGCGCGCGAGAUUCUCCGGGGCAAGGGGCCUCGCAGCAGCAGCAGCAGCAGCAGCAGCCCCAUGCCGCUUCUAGGGGCGGCAGCAGCAGCAGCAGCAACGGCAGCGGCAGCAGCAGCAGCAGCAGCGGCGCAGCCGGAGCGUCUGAGAGCUCCGAGUGGGAGAUGAGGAGAAGCAAAUCCAGGACCAAGCACAGCCGAAGACCCGUGUCUGCGAUGUCCUUGUUGCCGAUUCCGAUCUCCGCUCUUGGCGUGCGCUCUCGCCACUCGCAAAUCUACCCUUCGUCGGCUUCCGCCAUCGCCUACCAACAGUCCUCGUCUGCUUCUCAAAGCUACCCGCAGCCCUCCGCCGUCCUUCAGGGCUACCCACAGUUCUCCGCUCUGCAGGGGUACCCGCAAUCCUCUGCUAUUCCGGCCUACUCUCAAUCUCCGGCCUCCCAGGGCUUCUCGUCGCCCUUGCUCCCGCACGCACACCUCCCCACGUAGCGGCGGCGGCCGCGGCGGUGGACUCGGGACGGGCGGCCGCGUCGGGAAGCUUGGCCGACCCGGUGGCGCUUGCGCGGAUGCUUAGUGGCCUGCGCGACGUUCGUCAAGAGUUCAAUUUGCCCGCUCGGCAGCCAACCGUUGAGCGUGCGUGGGUGCCACCGAGAGUUCGUGCGGGUACGGGUCCCGACGGGCAGGUCGGGGUGGCACGCGCGCCGCACAAAACAAAAACCCCCGCGGCCUCGUUUGGCACGCGCAGAGUGGCUGCGCCGGGGAGCCAUACGCAGAACGCUCGCGCGUCCGGCUUCUCCGGAGGCGGCAAUCUCGGCCCGGUGAUAUUGUGCCAAGGUGUUUUCCCUUGGGCCCCGUUUUUUUUUCUUAUCUCGUAUUUUUAAGAUGCAGCGGCAUAGCUGCCAACCGCGCAGGCGGUGCAACUGGGCCAGGGAUGGCCGCGUAUAGCGUUGCCACCUGUUCCCGGGAUCGUCUUCUUUUUGAAGUGGCCUGUUCUGGGAAAUCCGUGCAUUUUCCCAGGAUGUUUAGGCGUCCUGGAUUUUGUCAGUUGCGUAAUUAAAAAUAGUAAUACAGGACACAUAAUGGUAAUGCACCGCGUAAAACGAUGCGUUCGCACGUAAAUCUCCCCUCUGCCAGUGUUGUGAAGUAUCUUUCUGCUUCCUCUCAUUGACAUGCUCCGGUUUUUUUUUUAUUGUAACCUCCAGAAGUGGCAACCGUAGCUACAGGGCGGUUGGGGGAUGUGGGUAUUUAAUCCCUUUACACCAGGGCCCCAAUGCCAACCAGGCUGGGCCACUGCUCCCACGUCACCUGCACCGCUGCCUUUCGGUGCGGCUUACGUGGUGGACGGGAGAAGACGUGAACGCCACGCGUGGUCGUACCCAAGCAGGGUGAAGGUCAGAGCGCCACGUGCGGCGAUUCCAGCCCGGAUGACGUUGCCGUUCCGGAUACGGAUGCAAGUGACGGUCUCGUGGCUCCACCUUGGGUUGUUGUUGUGGGGGGAGGGGUGGAGGGGGGGCGCGGGGGGUGGGGGGGGGAGGGGCCCUGCAAACCCCGCGGUGGCGUUUUUAAGUCGUGGGCGUCACGUGCAGCUCGUUUUCAGCGAGGAAUCGUGAAGUGCCGGUCGUGCCGUGCGUAUGGGAGUCGCGGAUUUCUCAUCCGUCGUAGCAUCGGGUCUUCCAGCUGGCGCUGCACGCGGCGCGUGAAGAAUCGUUUGCCGUUUAACAUCGCCGCCGCGUCACCGUGGCCGAAGCCGUUGAUGCGGCCGCCGCGACCGCUCGCCGCCACCGCUCGCGGCCGGAUCCCGCCGCGGCCGCCGCACAGCAGGCACGCAGUGGUGGGGAUUUUUCGUGCGCGUGUCAAAACGAGUUCCUCCGACCACUGGAGCCCUCCGCAUUCGCAGCGGCGUUACAACAGCGAAGGAAUCUACGGCCGUUCUCCGCGUCGAUCCGCGAAGCUGGCCUGUGACGAGCCACUGCAUUGCCGACGACAAAAUUCGAGCACUCGACGCUCGACGUCGAAGUGCAGAGGUCCUCCCGGUAGGGCACCCAUUGGUCCCGCUGCCGCCCAUGGUACGCACGGUUGGCAACGUGCAGUGCGAAAGAAGUUCAACGUACAUACGUACGUACAUGUUCGCUGCCAUUUCCCCCUCUGCGGUAACGACGCAUCUUCGGAAUGGGAGCCGUGUUGAAUGGUGCCCGUGAACAGGUAUUUGGUGUUGUGAGAAGUGCCGUGGGUGUGGCGUAAACCGUCGUAUAGCGGCGACAUUCCCACCACCGGUUACACCCCGCAUAUUAUGCUCCCGUGCUGCCCUGGCCCCAGGCCAGACCUCUGGUGAGGCUGCGCCCACUUUCCACGACUGAAAAGCCCCCAGGAGUAGAUUUUGCCACCGGGAGUCACUAGACGGGCUGUGAACAUGACGGCACGAGUGUGUGUUUGGGAUGUGUGUGUGUGUGUGCCUGCGUGCACUCUUGCUGUGUGUUGCGUGUGCCCUGCUAACAGCACUGCUGACCGUUAAUGACGGUUAAAAGUGGGUCAAGUGGAAAUGCCACGUGCAUCUGGAUGCGGCAGCGAAAUUGGUUUCUCACAUUCUCAAAUCCCGUGACAACUUUCAAUUUCAUUUUGUUUAACCAGGUGAGAACUCGAGAAACUAGGAUUCGUCUUAUUUCCAAGAGUGGCCUGGGGCGUUCGUCUGCUAGUGCCGGGGCGUUGAUUGCUUCUGCCGCUGCUGUGUGAAACCCCAAGCGAGUUAUUUGCGGGGGGAAUUAAAACAUUUGCCAAAUUCGGACCCUGACGCCGGCACACGGCUGCCCACUCUUGUGCGUGACGUCAGGGGAAUCUUCAACGUGCACUGCGAAGCAGGACGGGCGCGUACUAUUUUUGGAUGCCGUCCCACCGCAGUAUUAACUGGGGUGGCCGUUGGAUUCGAACCACGAGCCUCUGCGAACGCGCGCUACCUGCCGCUGGGCAGCGUCACCGCCGCGCAUCCUCGGCCGAGGGUCGUUGUUCGCGACAACGUGCUUCACAAUGAGCCUCGCAUUUAUUAAUCAAACCCGUAUCGCUGUGCUCGGUGUUUAGAGAUCGUGGUCGUCCUUGUACUUGGAUUUAUGCUGUGUCCUGCCUAGCUUAUUAACCCUGCUGUUGUGUAAACAGGCAGUCGGGAGUUUUAAAGCAUAUUGCUUCAAUUUAAUUUAAAUAUUGCAACAAAAUAAAGUUUGCGCCCGCUAUCAUUUACCCAAUUUUAACCGCGCGUCACGACGCCCAGAGUGGUCGCGUGUGAACGGCGAGGGAGCGCAGCCCACUCUGAACUUCUGCAGUAGCAUCUGUACGAACGGUACCCUUGCAGGAGACUCAACAUCGCCUGCUCGCAUCGCUGCCCUUGUUUCUCAAGUCCAGGUGCAGCCCUGCAAUUGCUUGCUCACGCCGAUGCUGACAGAAGGGGCCUCCGCUCGAGGCCUCCAUGGAGAGGCCACUCUUUACGGUAUUUUUUUCGUGUUUUUUCCAAGAGAGUCGCUGAGCUCCAAGGCCCUUUUUUCAGGAGGGCCUUGCCAAUUUUUUGCAGCAGAGGGGGCGACAUUGAUGUCAUGCCAUUUGAGUGAUUUUGCUAGUCAUGUGUCAGUAUUGGAAUGUGGUUUGGCCAAUACAAGUUGCAUUUUAUGGGUUUUUUUUGUUAGCUAUGGGAGGAAACCGAGAAGAACCCGGAGGCUCCACGCAGAACAGGAAGAGAACAUACAAACUCCACG